AUGACCACUGCGACAGAAAGUGCGGGACCACGGAAAAUUAGAGGCGAACGAUCGCUCAUUGAAGCCCUGGCCGAGUACCCAGGCGAGCUUGUGAAAACCGAUUCUCCGAACUUUGUUUGUAGCGUGUUGCCAUCGCAUUGGAGAUGUAAUAAGACUCUGCCGGUCGCUUUCAAAGUUGUCGCGCUCGGCGAUAUUCCUGAUGGAGUGAUCGUCUCGAUUGCUGCGGGCAAUGACGAGAAUUUUGCAGCUGAACUGCGCAAUUCCACGGCCGUAAUGAAAAAUCAGGUGGCGCGAUUCAACGAUUUGCGAUUCGUAGGUCGCAGCGGAAGAGGUAAGCAAAACGUGCUGUACGUGCCAUCGCUUUUGACGCAGUAGGUAGAGAGGCGCUCACUUACUGCAUUUUGUAUGGAAUCAGUCAUCUGGAAAAGACAACACUCAUGAAAACAUGUCAUGAAUUAUAUAGGCUUCAAAACAGCUUGUCAAUUUCAACUGUCUGUCUGCUAGCUACAGCAUUACCUGUGUUUUUGUCCCGACUGUAUACGUGAUAUUUAUACAUUUUUUUCCUUUUCUUCACCUGUGCAUAGGAAAAACCUUCACGUUGACCAUAACGGUAAAAACGGAUCCUCCUCAAGUCGCCACAUACUGCAGAGCUAUUAAGGUGACCGUAGACGGACCGCGGGAACCACGCAGUAAGUUCUAACAAAAUCUCUUCCUCAUUUUUUGGGUUGUUUGACAAAUGUAUUUGUGGUUCACCUGACCCCAUAGAAGCCAAAGAAAGUUUAGAAACUUAAAAUCAGAGUUGUAUCACAACGUCUUAUAAUUACUUCAGCUGAUUUUAUCCCCUUAAAUUGUUUUGUUGAAUAAAAAAAAAUUAUCGAGUUUUCCCUGGAAAAAAAUGUUUCUCCUCUUUUCAAAGAAUUUUAAACUCUGAUUCCGACGUUGAUUUGAUUUUGAAAAUUAAUUCGCAAUCAUGAGAUAAUAAUCUAUAACCAGGAGGAAAUUUCGUGAUUCUUUUUUAGCUUUUAAUAUUUCGAGGUCUUCGCGGCCACAACAAAUUCAUUCCGAAGCUUUCCUAGGUGAACUGUUUUUGCCGCAAUGGCCUGACUUUGCCGAUACCGUCGAAACCUAAAGACAGAUAAAAAAAAUUUGCGGCUUCUCUCUGAAACGGGUGCUAGUAUGUUGUUUAUAUUCAUGAAUACUAGCCGACUCAACCGCAAAUAAACAUAGUCACUGUUUAGAUAAAUAGAACCAACCCGUUGUCUCUUUCUAUAGCUGUGCCACGCGUAGCGGGGACAAGUGAUUUAGGCGAUACGCGGGAAAAUGAUUAAUGUUUAAUUUGCAAUUAAUGAUUCAGAAAACGGGCGCAAGCCAUUGGUUGGUGGCAUAAUUGAAUUGAUUAUGGUAUGUUUUUAAGACUCCAUACCUAACAGAUGCAGGUGGUAUGGCAGGUGGCAAUUGAGACUCACAUCAUUUCACCUGUCCAUUGGAAGGCUUUUAUGAAUGCAUUUGUUAAUCUAAUAGCAUUUCUCUUUCUUCUUAAUCCCGCUAAUAAAUCAGAUAAAAAGAAAUGCCCUGAAAUUGGAUGUCACUCUCUUCUGACACAAGGAGUCUCGGAAAUUGAAAGCAAACACUUUGGUCAAUUUUUCGUACAUCCUCACUAACUCUUUUGGCAAACAGAGUUUGGGGAGUUUAUUUUCAAUUUUGGGGGCAUACAGUUGUGGGAAGAUUGAGUAAUUGGUUUUUAGUGUUGGUUUUUAUCUGAUCUUUCUCUGUGAAGGAAGUUCAAUUUGCCUUUCGGGAUUCCCUUUUAAAUUGAAUUAGUGCAGUAAUUGAUUUCUCUCUUAUGUGAUUUUAUUUCUGAUUUCUGAGUGGUUCAAAGGAAAGUAUUACUCUAUUUGCUCAGCGAGCUAAAGAGAAGGAAUUUUUUAGUUGAUCUCACUGUUAAUUUCCAUAAUUGGUACCAUACAGAAAAAAUGGGUUACAAUUUUAUCUUGAGUCAUGAAAACUCAGCUUGACUAUAAGCCUUUCAUAAGUCAAUUAAGUUUUUUCUUUCAAAAGCAGUCUGGCAUUUUACAUAAUUUUUUUGAUACCCCACCAAGCAUCAACAAAAUCCAUAUUUUAUGGUAUCAAGGUCAAAAUAAGGACUUCUAACUUGAAACCACCGAAUCAUGUAGAUGUCCAAAAAUCAAAAUUCAUGGUUUUGAUGCCCAAAAAAAACAAAGGAACUAAACUGGAACAUAGCUAUGCAUAUACGUAUACAAGAAUGGACAGUUUGAUUAUUGAUGGUGGCAAAUUCUGUCACGGUUGGGUAUUAUGUUGUUAAAUUUUUUAUUACAAACAUAGAAGCUUUGUGUACAAAAAAAAUUUCAAUUAAAAGCCAGAUGUCCAGAAAAUUCAAUAAGUUCUUCUGAGAACAAUUUUCAAUAACCUGACACAAAGAAUUUGACAUUUUUGUUUCUAUCAAAUUUAAAAAGUCUUUUAAAAUCAAUUAAAGUGUGUUUUUUUCUGUUUUUCAUUCUUUGCACAUAAUUCUGCUUUGGAUAUGUUCUAGUAUUAUGAAAAUGUAUGUAAGAAACCUUGACUUUCAUGUGGUUUUAUCUUGUAAGGUUUAAGUGAAACAUAAGACUAGGUUGUAUGGAUAAAACCACACAUAUACUUCAUUCUAUUGACUCUUUUGGAGUUCCAUUUUACCUCACCAUCCAUAACUUCACCCUCAAACCACAAAACAGGAGAUCAUUUUUUGAAAAUUACUUAUAUUAGAUAGAAAUAGUGUGUAAACCAUUUCCCAAAGUAUAAUACUUCCUUACCCACUUUGGUCUUAUUUUGGUUUAGCUGAUCUUGAAAUAAAACCUCAACUGAAAUCAUAUUAAAUUCAUCCGUUAAAAACAACCACUAAAUCGUCUGAGGGAUUUGAACUUCAAGCAACUCCUAUUCAUGUUUCUUUUUAAUAAGAAGACUUUCAUUUUCACCUUGGUAAAGAAAAAAUACUUGCCACUUAAUCAUUAGGUAUUGAAAGGACUAUUAUUACGUUUAGAAAUCAUGCAAAUUUCUAUUGACUGUGACAAAAAUAUUUCAAUUUUCAUCAGCGGGUUUUUAGUUACGUUAUUUCGUUGGGUUGAGCAUUGCAAAAUACUACAGUAACUGUACUUCAGAGUAGAAAUGAUGCGGAAAUCUUGUUGUUGAAAAUGAAAUAAUUAGCCAUGUCCUCGGUUUUUUUUUUAAGGAAAAAAUAAUCAUUAAUCUUGAGAAGAUAAUACUGAGCUGAAAUAUAUCUGAUAUAUAAACUAAGAAAAUACCAUAAGCAAAAGUGUCAAUUCAAUGUUAAUGUGAAUAAGUUUCACUUUAAAUUUUGGAAGCGGUGUAAUUACUGCAGAAAAAAAUACGGAAAGUCUGACUAAACCAAUUUUUUGUGUAGUAAUUUUCCUGAGAGCUGGUGAAUACCGAGUUACAUAAAUUAUUAUUUUUAAUAUGUUAGUUUUCCCUCUACCUUUGUGAAUAAGAAAGGGGAAAAUUUAAUUUUGCAACGUAGCAAAACUGAAGAUGAACGUAGAUAGAAAAAAAAAAUCGAUAGCUCUUCUUGAAAUACCUAGUUUUACUGUCUCGAUUGAGAUUCUCAGGUAGAUUUGACGUUUUCCACACCGCAGUUUUAAUAGAAUUAUACCUCUGACAAAGAUUCCAAGGGUUUGAAUGCUGAUAAUACUUUUAACUUCCUACUGUUAACACUUGGAUCGAAACAUUGCGGAUAUCGGGAAAAAGAAACCAUGCUGGUUUUCGCUUGUAUUUUAUCUCGGAAAAUGUUUUACACGAGGAGUUAAGCAUUUUGCUUUGCUUUGCGUACUGUAUACGUAUAUACAGAGUUGGUGUUCCUGUAGUUAGCGUUUUAUUUAUGUUUAUAUAAAAUAGCAGAAAUUUUGUGUAAUCAGGGUUUUUCGUGAUGAAUGUACCUCAAGUCGCGUUGCGCUUUCUGUGUAGAAUAUUCCUCCGCAGUUAUUUCGAAAUUUCACUUUAUGGGAAAUUGGCCAUUUUCUAACCUCUAACGUUUUCCAAAAAAAAAUGUUUUAAUUUCUCUUUCCGACCAACGUUGACAUCAUAGUUUGAUUUUUAGAAAAUAUUCUUUUUUCCCCUACACGACUUUUAACCGAUUUUGGGGUGUGUCGUUCAUAAGGAUUGGUCGCGAAUUCUAUAAUUUUAUGUUGUUUUCUUUUUAAAUAACACUCUAUUCCAAUUGUUUAAAUCGUCGUGUAUAUUCUUGCUCACUUCGACUUGCAGUUUCCAGUUUAGGGAAAAUAGAAACGGGAAAUUUUGUCUGCGCAUUCGUGUUUCACGUAUGAGUUGCUCAUGUUGCAUGCCAAACGCUCGUAGUCAUCUCAUUCGUCCUAUUGCUACUUCAAAGCCAAAACUUUGCUAUUUUUGAACCUAAAUUAUUGAGCGAAGUUUCUUUUCCUGAUAACAACUAUCGCUUUUCCGAUCCCGCGCUUAGUGAAUGCGGAGUGGAGAGUAGUUAUACUUUAAAUCUUGUGGCCGGACUAGAAUUAAGCACGCUUCGACAGAUUUCCUCAUAAUCAAAGUACCGUUUCAUUUGUUGAAGAAAGAAACAUUUUCUUUAGGCUGGGAACCCGGCGGAAUUAAUUGACCACAUAACAGGCAAUUCAUUUUCUUUGACAGGGCACAGAACACGUUCAGACGAGAGAGACCAAGCUAACGCCUACGAUCAAUUUCACUCGUUCGAUCAUCUCGGAUUUGAAGGCCUUCGACGUUCCAUAAGAGACAAUAGCUUUCCACCUUUUACUGAACUCCAUCCGGGCCCACUUCAACCCGUCAAAUUACCAGCAGAUGCUUCCUCGGCAUUCAGCGCUUUAGCACCCGGUAAGUUGGCGGCCGUUUAUUUCCUCCUAAACAAAUUUUUGCAAAUUUGCGGGGAAAAAAGAAAAAAGAGAGUAGGAGUGAGGGUCGGUCAUUUGAAUAUUUAGCAAAAAUUCGGAGCGAACAUAGAAAAAGUGUGCGGAAAGCACAGAAAGUUUUACUUAAAUAGCUCAUAGUUUUUGCAGUGGGCCUAGCAAAUUGAACUAACCCUUAUCUCGACAUGGCGCGACGGAAAGAAUCGCUCAAAAAUUACAUCCUUCCUUGCAGUCUUGUUUUCACUUCAAGAAAAUAGUCAUUGUUCCAAGGUUUAUAGUUUGCUACAUCUGGUAGCAACGUUGUAGAUUGCUACGGCGUGAAAAGGAAGGACCAGCAGACCCGAGGAAAUGCUUCGAACUAAAUAAUUUAACGACGGUUUCCGGAAUCGUAUCAACAGAUGAGCAACUCUGUUUCCUUUUAACUUGUUUGCGUAGCGCAAAUUUCCAAGUCCCUAUCCCGCACCUUUCACUCGCCAAGUGUCAAGCAAGCGUUCUCGGCUUUUGCGAGCGUUUUAACGCGCUACAUGGCGAAAAAAGGUUACUUAGUUUGUAUAGUCUUAAAGUUGCCUUGAGCUAAAGAUGGCGGUUGCGUGGAGCGGUGAUCGAUAAAAUUCCCACGGACACUUUGACGCCAUAUUUGCAGCGUCUAGACAUGGAAAGGUACCUGUUGUUUUAAAAGAAACACACCUUUUUUGUAAUCAUAAAUUCUUUUAUUUCCUAUCAAGGAAGGUACAGAAUUAUAAGCGUUUUAUUUAGACGAAGUCAAUCAAGUACCAUAGGAUGUGCUAGAUAACAACUUGACCGGUUUAUUGAUGGUUCACCCAGUAAGCGCUAUUCUUCUUGCAAAGUUUAAUUUCAAGAGAAAGGCUUGUUUCCCUUCACGUAUGAAUGAUCUCGUAUCUUUAAGUGAGAUUUAGAACAAGCUGGUUUUUUCAUCGUUUGUGAUAGAGUUUUCCUUGCCGUAGUCGAGAGAGACUUCAUGGUAGUGUUUAUAGCCAGGAAAGUGUUAUGAUCUUUCUUCUGGCCUCAAACGCGUCCUUUUUCAAAAGGCGUGAAAACUUUGCAUCGAAAACUUAUCAUUAACUAAACCAAAAGCAUAGCAAAAGUGAGAGAGAAUUUAAAUCUUGAAAAAUUCAAGAAAAGAAACAAUUGCUACAUUUUAUUAAUAAUCGGAAGUGCCGAAGUAGGUCGAAGGAAGCGCAAGCCUUGACUUUGAUUUGCAACAAUUUCCUUUUGUUCUAAAAAAAGCAGCAUCAAAAAGUUAAGUGCGAGAUGUGUGUUGAACAUUGAUAACGUGCGGUGAAGCUUUUCCAGUUUUUCCUAAUUGCAGCUGACUCAGUCAACUAAUUGUCCAUGUUUUUUCUCUAAUUGUGCGGUUAAUGGUCUUGGCUACCGGAGUAAAUUAUUACAGUUACGCUACCAUUUUUUAGGGCACUCGUAUCAAAAGUUUCAAUCAAAACAACAUAAAUUUGUCUCGUUCAACCAACAAAGAUUCAAGAUUAUGGAGCUCUUUUUACUGAAACCUUACUUACCUUCAAUAGUCAGCUUUUACAGCUACAUCGUGAGACAGGUUUGCUCAGUAUUUGGCUUUAGGAGGAUGUGUAUCAGAUUGUUUAGCGUAUCCAUAUGCAAACGAAGGCUGUUAAGCAGUGCGUUCUAUCUGUGUUUUUCGCUUUUACUUUCCCAAUCAAUAAUUUUCUGAAAAUGAUCAAGCUUGUAUGAAUGCCUUACACUCUGUCUUCGAGGGCUAGCUGCUGUAGGUUAUUGCCAAGGCACUACUGAAUUGUACAAUUCGUUCGCAGGAAUUUUGUAACAUUCAUAACCUUGAACUGUUCGUUUUAUUUUCUUACAGAAAACAAUCAGAUCCGUUCGCCAUCAACAUGGAGUUUCCAUGGUUUCCCGGGAUUUUUAGGACCAAAUAUCCCAUCUCAUCCACCACCCGAAGCCCAAGUGAACUUGUCAACUUUGAGCGCAUUACAACCUAACCCUCUCCAAGCGCCCCGACCGCAAGUCAACCUACAGAACACGAGCGCUGUUCCUAUGCUUCCUCACUACACAGAGCCCAGAUUUCAGGGCAUUACACAGUAUCCAUUCCGCACCUCUCCGCAAGCUACAACGAACACAACUCUUACGACUGUGUCAGACGGCAUAGGUGCGGGGAUUAACCAAGUUGGAGCUCACUCUUCCCCGAGUAUGGAACCCUCACACGGUAUGUACCCCACGGCAUGCCAGCAGCUCAAUUCAGCACCAGGGACGAAUUCCAUGAACGGAGCAAUGUUUAACAACAAUACUUUAUCCAACGGUUUGGUAAAUAACGGUUAUACCUUCCGACCACAGCCUUUUAUGCACGAGACGUCAAUGAGCAAGGGAAACAUGCCGAUACCUCAGACAACAUCGGGAGGUCCUAUCACACAAGUGAACGGCACAACCACCGGGGUUUCUUUUCCCUUGCCGAGGCCCGGAGGGAUGCCCAUGGUGGGGCAAAAUAUGGGAAGCCCUCAGAGGAUUCCCAUACCGCUCGGCAACGUAGAUCUUAACAGUGGAUAUAACACGUUGCCGAGAAGUGAUGGACACGGAAUGAUUACGCUUAAACAGGAGCCUAUUGAUACUAUUUCAAACCAUGUUGUUAAUCAUCACAAUGGACUGGAAGUAUCGCAUGCUGAUACGGUAUUACACGAACGGAAUGGUACUUCAACUCCUAAGGGAGUUUGGAGACCGUAUUAGCGACACUAAUCUCUGUAGAGAAGAGUUCAUUCAUGUUAUCUGCACGCCAGGCUCGUUAAUUGCAAAUGAACAUUCUUCGCCUUUACAGUACACUGGAAACGAUAAUUGUUGACAAGGUUUAACUCGGAAAACUUUACGUAAAAGCUGUUAGUACCGCAUGAAAAUAUUGCUUAAAAAGUGAAUCUUUUUCGCGGUAGUUUUUGAUAGACACUGACUACAAGAAAAGAUCGUUCAGUUCUCGUUAACAGGGCAAGUCAAGACGACUCGCUUAUUCUUCUUUCAAUGUCGAUCUCUCUUAAUGACAGUUUUUAUGCCGUUAUUGUUCAUUACGCAUUUGACUCGAAUCGCCUUUAGAAAAUUGAGUAGAAAUCUCCUAAAAUUUUAUCGCUUACUACUAUAUGCAAGGUCUACGGAACCGUCAAGUCGAAACGACAAUGCACCUAGGUCGGCUUAACCCUUUGCCUUCAGGACUGAGAAAACGUAAAAUCUUUUUUUUUUUUUUCAAAAAAAAAAAACAACACUUAAGAUAAAUCAAAGAGCAGUUCACAUGAUAUAUGAAAGCAGUUCUCGAGAGCAUUCAUUUGAAUGGUAAUACUCCGAUGGUUGAGUUAGAAUCGCAUUCGAGAAAGCAAAGGGUUCAGUCAUGCACGGUGUGGAUUUUACUUUCGUAAUUUUUUUUAUUUAUUGCUCGUGUACGUGCCUUUAUUGGAUAUAUGAAAAGUUAGUAUAUAGGGCGCCACACAGGCCAAAAUCUACUAUGAAAUUAAAAUUAAUAAUUAAGUAAGCAUGAAGGAAUACCGUAAUAUGGAAAAGAGAGCUAAAGAAUAUAGUAUUGAUAUUUAUAUACAUGCAUUAUUUGAAACCCUCCGUAAAAUAUGUUUGAACUUGAAAUGAGAUUUCAAAUUUUACUAUAACAUGCUGCGCGUGGAAAUUAAAUUCUUUAACGCUACGUAUUAAUGUUGUUUUUGUCACAUCUUUUUGUGUGAAACUAUGUCUAGAGUUUCCUGUAAAUCACGAGUUGGUGUUAUUUUUGCCUCCAACUUUUAUUUUUGCAAGAUUGGCUUCUUUUAUAUCCGUUGUUAACCAAAACGAUAGCUAUGACACUUCCCGUUAGCUCAGGUCGUUUUAUGAGAAGCGAUCUAAAAUCGAAUCGUAAUUAUAACUAAACAAGUUAAUGAACUUUACAAUUAUUUUAAGUUGUUCAGAAUGAAAUAACCACUAUGAAUCUGUAUAAAACAAACACUAUAAUUUAUUAGUUUAAGAACUAAGAUAGUGGUCACCACAUGGACAAAGAUAAACUCAUUUCACAUAGCACGUGAUCUGAAUUAAACAGAUUGGAGAUUUAAGAUGUAGUGUAUUACAAAACGCGUGAUUUAUCUCCAGUGAUAGUCAGAUCGUCGAUAAUAUUAGUGUAGUAUUUAGAGCAGGACUGAAUGUAGUUACGGUCAGAGCUCUAAUUAAACUUUGAUAAUACUGAUGAUAAUUUAGCUAUUUGCCGCAAGCUUUUUGUGAGACGCUUCGGUGGGUUUCGCAAAUUACUCGAUAGAGAUUAACGACCAAAACUUAAUUCAUCUAAACCAAAAUGUAAAAUACAGUAAUAAAGCACUUAAUUGUAAAUUUAGUAGAUCAAAAUAAAAAUUUUCAAACAGUUCAAAGAAACAGGAUCUUUAUAAAAACAAACGAAAUGACGAAGUAAGCAAAACUAUUUGAUAUAUUGACGCCUUGAUCAAACAGCGGAAGAUACACUCGAUCAAAUGUGCUAUCACGCGAUUAACCACUCGUGCGGAACUUCCAAGUCACGAACAUUUAACCAUAAACUUUAAAACUAAAAGGUGGUCAAUACAAUUCGUUUUAAAUACAUUAAAAACGUAAGACGCUUUUAGAAGAAAACAAUUCCUUCUGGCAUGUGACUGUAUCUGUUCUUGAUCAAGCGGACUCGACGAUGCGUUCGCCAAGUUCACGACAUCCCAAUUACAAUUAUGUAACCAGUUGUUUAUCUUUCGAACGACUUAGAAUUAUAUAACGUUUUGGCAUUAAGACGCAUUAUAGCUUGAUCAAGGAUGGAAUAAGCUGCUAAGCGCUCAACUGCCAACUGAGAAAUUGUCACACAGUUGGGAGUCAGGCCAGGAUAAACUGCUCUUUUUGUGAGGCCAUCGAUACGGAAGCAGUAUCAGCGUGACCUUGAAACAAUGAGAAACACCCCGCUAAAUUUGCCGAAAAGAAAAAAAAAGCGCUAUGGCUAUUUUAGAUUGACCUUUACUAUGAAGUUAAAUAAAGCGUUUCAUUCUAGAAAUGCUUUGAAUGUAGCUAUCUCAAAGACUGCGUCAUAGUUGCCAUUCCUAUCGAGGGCAACGAAAACAGCGUCUUUUCAACGCGCAAGAAAACGUGACUAGUUUUUGACAAGUUCAUGAACUUUCAAGAGCUUUAGUGGUAUGUUUUGAUAUGUUGAACAAGAAAAUUAAGAGGAUUGUGCUCUAAAUUAGCUUGCUUAUGUUAUUAAUGUUGUUUUGGAGGAGAUUCUUAGGAGCUCAACAAUUCUCUGCUAUGUUUACAAUCAAAACCCACUGAAACGGUUUUCAAAUCGGAAACUCGUGAUUUACGUCUUAAAUUUAAAUUUGAAAUUGUGUGACUCUUUUCAUGAUCGGAAAUUGUAAAACAAAAUUUGUGGUGAGCUACUUUUCAACACUGUUCUUAAUUUUUUUACCCGUCAACAAGGUUGGGGUAUUCGUCGGCUCCGAAAUAAAAUCAGCUAUUAACUAUUUAAAUUGCUUAACGAGAGGUUAGCCCUGAUAUAAAGCGAAUAUUACUUUAAUUGAAAUUGUUAAGAAACACAGCUAUGCUUAUUUUCAAACAAAUGAUUUCGUCCGUUUUGGAUUUUUAGUGGUUGAAAACGGAGAGUGAAAUUUUACGGAUGGACGGAAAGGAUUCUGUAUGGAUUAACAAAAAGCACAGUCAAGGUCAUAAGAAAUUAGUGGAAAAAACACCCUGUUUAAGUGCAACCAGUUGAAUGAGAAAAAAGAAAAUAAAGAUUUCAUGCACCAGCCAAAAACACAUUCUUGCGCUCGCCUUUUAAUAUACCAUAUUGACGCUUUGUGAAAGUCAAGCAGCUUCUACGCACGGUCUCCCAUCCCACCCCCGGACAGAAACACAGUACGUGUGUGCGCUGCUGAAACGCGUACGUGCCUCGACGAA